ACCAAAGUAAAUGACAAAACAUACAGAGGCAUGAUUGGUUGUAUCUCACAGUAAGCAGACCUGACAUCAUGUUUAGUGUAUGUGUCUGCGCUAGGUUUCAAAGCUGUCAUAAGGAAAGUCACCUUUCAGCUGUUAAAAUAAUCUUCCAUUAUUUAGCUAGAACUGCCUCAUUAGGUCUUUGGUAUUCAUCUGAUUCCAGCUUAGAUCUUCUCAAUUAUACUGAUUCAGACUAUGCUGGGUGCGUAGUUGACAGAAAAACUACUUCUGGAGCUUGCCACUUUUUAGGAACGUCCUUGAUCUCUUGGUGUAGUAAGAAACAAGGAUCAGUAGCUUUGUUUACAGCAGAAGCUGAAUACAUAGCUGUUGGAUUCUGCUGUACUCAGGCUCUUUGGCUUAAGUAUCAGCUUUUAGACUUCGGACUCAACCUAAGAUCUCUUCCCAUUUAUUAUGACAACACCAGUGCAAUCAAUAUGUCAAAAAACCCUAUACAACAUUCUCGAACCAAACAUAUUGAGGUAAGAUUUCAUUUUAUUCGAGAUUUGGUACAAGAAGAAAAGAUCCACUUGGAAUUCAUUAGUGCAAAUCUGCAAUGGGCAGACAUCUUUACCAAACCUUUAGGGGCAGAUAAAUUCUUACCAAUUUGGAGAGAACUAGGCAUAUUCUCUCAUGAGGAAAUUCCUGCUCUGAAUUAAGCUAGAAAUCAGGGCCUUUGCAGAUUUAAAUGUCACCUUUCUUAUUUUCAAAAUACCUACUAUACCUUUCACCUUCCCUCACUAUAAAGUGGCCCAGACACAAGUGACCACUCAUCCUUGUCUCUUCAAAAUCCUUGACAAAACUUUCCUCUCCAGUUCAUCCAUGGCUCCCAUCAAUCCUCAACUUCACCUUGCUGCUGUUUUCAACAACAAAGGAUUCCGUAAUCCUGCUGCCUAUGAAAGGAAUCUGGGGUGGGAAUCCCUGCUUGAGAGUCAAAGGUUCAGUAAAUGUCUUGAAGCUGUCAGGUUGUUCUAUGUCAACAUUAAGCGGGAACGUGGUGCUGAACCCGCUCUGUUCAGCACCCAAGUUUAUGACCAUGAGAUCACUGUCACCCCCACUCUCCUAGCUAGUCUCCUUGGCCUUCCCCAUUCUGGUCAUCAGGCUGGCUUCGAUGGUGAGUUUGAUGAUCUCGGUUUCGACUAUGACAUGGCUCUUAAUGUCUUCACUCGUGACACUGGUCGUCACUAUCCCAAUCAGCUCUUCACUGGAAGGUUACCUGAUGAACUCAAAGUCUUCCAAUUCUUUAUCACUCGAUGUUUCCUUCCUCGUGAUCUGACCAGUGCUGAGCUUAUGCAUCCUUCUGAUCUUUGGAUCAUUUCCAAUGCUAAGGAGGGACAUCGCAUUAGCUAUGCCCAUAUGUUACGUUUUGGUGAUGGGAACUACAGUGGUCCUUUUCCUUUUGGUCCCUACAUCACUAGACUUCUAUCUCGUCUGGGCAUAGAUCUCCGUAACAAGAUCAUUGUGUGUGAUGUCCGAGAAGCACUUCGACCAAAUCAUGUUCUCAAUCGGGUUGAUGCGGAUGUGGGACGUCGUAAGCCUGUCUACGGCUCAGGGGGAGUACUGCUCCAUUCCCACCUAAUCACUGCACUGAUAGAUGCAGCAGCAGCUGCUGUGUCUAACGAGAUCAAAAGACACCAUGAGAAUCUGUCUAGUAGCUCAGUAAAGCGGAUGGUUCCUACUAAUCUACUGAUCUUUCAGGAUCGGUUGAAGAUGCUCCAGGCAAACCAAGAUGAUCAACCUGUCUUAGAACCUUCUUCGGAUUCUGACACUGAAAGAGGAGAUCCAAUUUCUGAUUAUGAUUCUCCUCCAGAUUAUCCUUUCUGAUAAGAUUAGAGUGAGUAGGCAGUGAGUAGACUAUAGGGUGUGACUGUGUUAGUGCGAGUUAUUGUCUGCAAAUGUUGAUCCAUAAAGGAUCUAGUUCAGUUUUCAUCCUUAAUGAAUAAAACAAGAAUUUUGUGCUUCUUCUCUGGAAUAUAUGCUCUUUCUAUGUGAACAGGCUGCACCAACCGUUUGCUGAGUGUGUGCAGGUCAUAGGAAAUGGAGAUAGAGCCAUUGACAGGCUUAGGGGGAGUUUUUUGGAAGAAGCCAGUCAUCGGCUCUGAAGGAAAAUGAGGAAAGAGCUUAAGAAGAACCAUUGGAAAUAAAAGACAGGAAGAAGUAGGCUGCUAGCUCUGAUAAUAAACAAGGAAAGAAUAGAUUGUUGUAAAACCAAAGAUGGAAAGGAGCGUCUUGGAAAUCAAAGAAGGAAAGAAGCUCGGUUUAUGGUGAUCAUAAUCAAUCAAUUACCAACGGGCAGAUACCAGGAUAAAGGGGUCGAGUAUCAGUAACACAGCCAGACGCAGUUUGAAGCCACUUUUCAAAAAUCAAAGUAACCAGGAGAGCUUAAGGAAAUUAGUUUGUGUUGUUUGAUAAGAAAAGAGGGCUUGGCUAAUUCGGGGAGAAUCUUAGCACAAGUGUAAAGUGUUGGGGAAACAUUGUAGCUGGAUAUCUGGGUUAGAGUAGUGUGUGAGUGCAGAGUGGAUUCUCUGUUAGCUGAACUUCAUAGCAUAAACAUCAAGAUAGUGAAAAGUCAGAAGUCACAGGACCGUGAGCUUCUGACCGUGGAUUAGUCGACUCUGCAUUUUUCAAGUUGGAUACCACGUAAAAAUUCAUGUGUGUCUCGUUGCUUUGUGUUACUUUCUGAUCCUCUGCACAAUAGCUUGCUUUUGUGUUUGAGACUUGCAGGAAACAGAGCAGGCAAAUUGGCUAGAGGAAGAAGAAGGUGAACUCCUUUUUACUGAUCUUCAAAACGCGGCGUAACUCAGCAUAAUUGUGGGUAAGUUCGAAUUUGAGGUUUGGGCUAGGCUUGCAGAAGUGGGUUGGGCUUUAGAUUAAAUCUAUCUAAGGGUUGAAGAAACGUUUCGUUCCGGUUUUAGUUUUCAGACACUCAAUCGUUUCUUCACAACCUUCUUUACCUUCUGUCAAAUCCCUAAAUUUCCUGAUCUCACUUGUUCUUGGAAAAGAGAUCGACGAAAGAUGGUGCAGGUAAUUCGUUGACAAGUUUCAAGGAGCAAAGUGCUCUUUGAAGCAGUAUCGUCUCGCGCUUAAGGAUCCAACAAAAAGGUUCGGGAUGUUGCACAUGCUUAGACAAGAAUUUUGAAAUAUUUAACCUUUUAUAACUUCUUGGAAUUCAAACUCAUGUAUCCUUGACACUAAAGAAGAUCAAGUUCCUCCAAAAACACCAUGAACAUUCAUGUCGGAGUUCAAGUCCACCGCCCAACUCAAUGAGUAAGUCCUAAUCUAGUACCAUAACUAAUAUUAAUAGGAUACUCAAUAAUCACAACCAUUAGAUCGUUUUCAUUGUUAUAUUUUAGCAUCAAAGCACAUAUACCAUAACAUUAAAUUCCAUCAUCCUCAUUAAGCACAUCCAUCAAACCUCAUACACACAUAGACACACCCACUACCGUUAAACACAUCUCGCACAUAUUUAUAACAUUCAUAAUCAUGCACACAUUAUUUCACAUCAUAAACAAGCACACACACGCAAACACAAAACACCCGAUGUUCAUACCACACAACAUAAUUUCCCUUUUGGCUUAAUCAUUCACUUCUCCAUCUUCUUUUCCCCACUGCCUCCUCCUCCUAGAUCUUUUGGCUCCUUCCCCUCCGCUGACCUUAGGAAUCAAUGAAGCUCUCUCAUAGCCAAUAAUAUACUCAAAGUCCUUACUGAAGAAACAUCACAUCAUCAUUUCUCAACCUCAUCUCCAACACUCCAAGUGCAUGACUUGCCAUAGAGAUCAAAUUUUCAGAAAUAAAUAUUCAUCAAAAUA